UUUGUUAGGGUUAGAGGCCAUCCCUAUUCUUUUCCUCUCACUUGAAGAAACUAGAAGCAGCGGCGAUCGUUCCAAGAUGCAGAUCUUCGUCAAGACUCUCACCGGAAAGACCAUCACCCUCGAGGUCGAGUCCUCGGACACCAUCGAUAACGUUAAGGCCAAGAUCCAGGACAAGGAGGGCAUUCCUCCGGACCAGCAGCGUCUCAUCUUCGCUGGCAAGCAACUCGAGGAUGGCCGCACCCUGGCUGAUUACAACAUCCAGAAGGAGUCCACCCUCCACCUCGUCCUUCGUCUCCGCGGUGGCAUGCAGAUCUUCGUCAAGACUCUCACCGGAAAGACUAUCACACUUGAGGUUGAGUCCUCAGAUACCAUCGACAACGUGAAAGCCAAGAUCCAGGACAAGGAAGGCAUCCCACCAGACCAACAGCGUCUUAUCUUCGCUGGAAAGCAGCUCGAGGAUGGCCGUACCCUUGCAGAUUACAACAUCCAGAAGGAGUCCACCCUCCACCUCGUCCUCCGUCUCCGCGGUGGCAUGCAGAUCUUCGUCAAGACUCUCACCGGAAAGACUAUCACUCUUGAGGUUGAGUCCUCAGACACCAUCGACAAUGUGAAGGCCAAGAUCCAGGACAAGGAAGGCAUCCCACCAGACCAACAGCGUCUCAUCUUUGCCGGCAAGCAGCUCGAGGAUGGCCGCACCCUUGCGGACUAUAACAUUCAAAAGGAAUCCACCCUCCAUCUUGUCCUGAGGCUCAGGGGAGGAAUGCAGAUCUUCGUCAAGACCCUCACUGGCAAGACGAUCACUCUCGAGGUUGAGUCUUCAGACACCAUUGACAACGUGAAAGCAAAGAUCCAGGACAAGGAAGGCAUCCCUCCGGACCAGCAGCGUCUCAUCUUUGCCGGCAAGCAACUCGAGGACGGCCGCACUCUCGCGGACUAUAACAUCCAGAAGGAAUCAACCCUCCACCUCGUCCUCCGUCUCCGCGGUGGAAUGCAAAUAUUCGUGAAAACCCUGACUGGAAAGACGAUCACUUUGGAGGUGGAGUCGUCUGACACGAUAGACAAUGUGAAGGCGAAGAUACAGGAUAAGGAAGGGAUUCCGCCGGACCAGCAGAGGCUUAUAUUUGCCGGGAAGCAACUGGAGGAUGGGAGAACCCUUGCGGAUUAUAAUAUCCAGAAAGAGUCCACCCUUCACCUCGUUCUCCGCCUUCGCGGUGGUAACUGAGAAUAUUAUGUUUCACCCUUCGUUUAUGCUCUCUGAAUUAUUAAGUUUUUAUUAUUAAGUUAUUAUUAUGCGUCUGUUAUUAUCUACUAUUGCUAAGACUCUGUUACUGUUUUAUGUCGUUGUUUUUUU